AUGAAGUACUUGGCAGUAACGGGUGGCACAGUAAGUGGUCUGGGAAAGGGCAUCACCAUCAGCAGCAUUGGCGUCGUGCUCAAGUCGCUCGGGCUGCGUGUCACGUCCAUCAAGAUCGAUCCGUACCUCAAUUGUGAUGCUGGGACCAUGUCCCCUUUCGAGCACGGUGAGGUCUUUGUGCUCAAUGACGGGGGUGAAGGCGACUUGGACCUGGGCAAUUACGAGCGGUUCUUGGGCAUCACACUCACGCGGGACCACAAUAUUACGACGGGUAAAGUCUACACGCACGUGCUGGAGAAGGAACGUCGAGGUGAUUACUUGGGCAAGACAGUGCAGGUGGUCCCUCACGUGACAGAUGCUAUCCAAGACUGGAUCGAGCGUGUGGCUCAGAUUGGCGUGGAUGGCUUGGGCGCUGGUGGGACAAGUGCUUUGGACGACCAAGCUGCGGACGUCUGUCUGAUUGAAGUGGGUGGCACUGUGGGCGACAUUGAGAGCAUGGUGUUUCUCGAAGCUUUGCGGCAGUUCCAGUUCCGUGUUGGACCGGAGAAUUUCUGUCUUGUGCACGUGUCCCUUGUACCGGUGCUUGGUUCAGUUGGUGAGCAAAAGACCAAGCCCACGCAGCACGCGAUUAAGGAGCUGCGAAGCGCUGGUCUGUCGCCUGAUGUGAUUAUCUGUCGUAGCAGCACCGAGCUGGAGCAUGCCACCAAGACCAAAAUCGGCAUGUUCUGCCAAGUGCCGGCUAAUCAUGUGCUGUCCGUGCACGAUGUGAGCAACAUUUAUCACGUGCCGCUAUUGCUGUCGAAGCAAGGCGCAGCUAGUAUUCUGAUGUCCAAGCUGCAGCUCAUGGACCGCUUCUGUGAACCAGAUCUGGCUGCCUGGUCUGCCAUGGCCCAUCGCGUAGACUCUUUCGAGCAAGUGUGCAAGAUCGCUCUUGUUGGCAAGUACACUGGUCUGCAGGACUCGUACUUGAGCGUCAUCAAGGCGCUGAAGCACGCCACAAUGAAGUGCAACUACGAUCUGGAGAUCGAGUGGAUCGAAGCCAGUGAUUUGGAAGUGGACAUGCGGGAGAGCAACCCGAAAGCGUACGAAGAAGCUUGGACCAAGCUGCGCAGCGUCGACGGUAUCGUGGUGCCGGGCGGUUUUGGUGACCGUGGUGUAGACGGCAAAGUGCUUACGGCAAAGUACGCACGUGAAAAUCGCGUCCCGUACCUGGGUGUGUGUCUGGGCAUGCAGGUUGUGGUGAUUGAGUAUGCGCGCAACGUCAUAGGUUGGAAGGACGCGAACAGCGAGGAGUUUGAUGCUGAUGCUGGACACAAGGUGGUAGUUUUCAUGCCUGAGAUCAACCCGGAGGUCAUGGGGGGUACCAUGCGCUGUGGUGAGCGUCGAACGAUCGUGCACGAAAAGGAAGACCCGGCGAAGCGCUCGCUGGUGUCGUAUCUAUACAGCAAGGAUCAGCCAAUUCUCGAGCGGCACCGUCACCGGUACGAGGUGAACCCGGAGCUUGUGCCAGCCAUCCGUGAGGCUGGUCUCAACUUUGUUGGCACGGAUGAGAAGAGUGAGCGGAUGCAGGUGGUCGAGCUCGACCGGGACGUGCAUCCGUUUUACUUUGCUACGCAGUAUCAUCCAGAGUUCAAGUCGCACCCGAACGACCCAUCGCCGCCGUUUUAUGGCUUGAUCCUGGCUGCCACUGGCCGGCUUGACCUGUUUAUCAAGGACGUAGAAGCCAAGGAGCAGCAGUCGUGA